UCUUUUACAUGUGUGCCGAAUCAUAUGAGUACGUCGUACUGAUACUAACAUUAUGCACACUUUUACCUUUGAACGCACACACGUAGUGUAUUGUGUCGGCUGCUGAGCACACAGACGUGGCUAGACAUAGUAGGUUACGUCUGUGUGUCGGGGUCGACGUGACACACAACUGCCUACGCUAGUGUGAGACGACAUCGGCGGCAGCCGGUGCACCGCCGCCGCCCGCCCGUUUUCUCCCCGCUACGCGACUGCGAACACCGCGCCGCGUCCGCGUCAUUGAAUAACAAGACUCGCUCGAUGGCAGGCGUCUUCCUGCCAAUAUGAAAAACAACUCCAAGACAAAAUACGCGAUAGUGGAAUUUAUAUGUUAUUCUUAUUUCAAAAGUAAUUUAUUUUUAUAGUGUUAUUGCAUUUAAAAACAUAUUUUAUUUAUUAGUGAAUGAUAGUUAAUUAUUGCAAAAACGCUUAGAUACGGGUGUUGUAGUCUCCGUCUAGUGCCCUGUGAUUGUUUUGUUUAAAGUCAAUGUUGAAUCAGUUCGCGAAAACAAAUUCUUAAAUGUCAGUGGCUGUGUGGAUUUAUACGGCGACCGUAAAAAAUCGAGUGAUCGAUUCGAUUUAACUCCUCAGCGUGUCAUCGUUAAUCAUUGGACACAAGCACAUCACUAACUGUCAUCAAUAGGUGAAAAACCUACAAGAAUUGUGGACGACAACGUUUCAAAUAUGUGUUGUGAUUUGCAGAUGCUCUCGGUACAAGUGCCGGGGUGCGCGGGCAUGGAGCGGCUCGGUGCGCCGGGGGGGCCGCGCCUGCGACACGAGCACAGGCAUCACCACUCUACGGAAUGGGAAAAGCAGCAGCGAAUACAGGCGAUGGUGGGGAGAAUUCAAGAGAUGGUGGAGCAAGACGCGAGAGCGCGAUCUGCGGCCGCCGCCGAGCGGCUCGGCCUGCCACCCAGCAUACAGUUGCCGGACGGCGAAUACGGGCAGGACGCCCAUUUGCAGUUACGAGUCCCUUAUCAGCAAGCCGAGUUGAUGAGAAGUUUUCAGCCUCCACCGAACAAGUGCGUGAGCGACGUGCCCGAGUGGGCGGAGGCGCGGCGCGGGGCCGGGGGCGGGGGUGGCGGGUGCGCGGCGGGCGGCAGCCACAAGAAGGACGGGCUGCUGCAGAAGGCGACGCGCUGGUGGGGGCGCAUGGGCGCGCGCGGGCCGGGCGUGCCGGGCGUGCCGGGCGCGCCGGGCGUGCACGUGCCCGCGCUGCCGCCGCCGCCGUGCGUGAUGGUGCCGCGCCGGACGCCGCCCACGCCGCCGCCGCCGCCCGACGCGUGACGUCACCCGGCCCGCGCCUCCCUCUACCAUAUCACGCUUACAUUCCAUUAUCGGGACGAUCAGACUCGCCGAGGUGCUCGCUUGUCCCGGAGUAUUAUAGACUUGGUAUUUAUUUAUUUGGGACUCCCGGCCUCGGCCGGACGGGGUCGCGGGGACGUUUGUGAUAUGUGACGGUCGCGCCCCGCGCCCGCCGCGAGCGACGCUAGUCUUGAUACUUUAAUCGGUUUAGACGUAGAGAUAAUUGUUUCUAUUGAGAAGUUAUGUUCAUAUACGAGGUCUCGCAGCCCGCUAGUGUGUGUAGGUGUGUAUCGCGUGCGUAGCGUGUGCGUCCGUGUUCCUCGCAUUGUUCUUGAGUUUCGCAAAAACUAAGACUGAAAUAAAUAAAAAAAUAUAACACUAUAAAGUCUACAUUGAAGUAUGUUGUCUUAGGUAAAUUUAAUUCAAAUAGAAACAAUUAAAAGUAUAUAAUAUUUAAUGAAUCUUUCGAUUGUAACCUUGAUGAUAUUGUAUAUUAUGGAGAAGGUCAGUCAAUAAGCUAAUGUCUUUGCAGUGUACAGUUUCAUGUUUAAGUAAACUAUUUUAAAAAAUAAUUUCUAUACAGCAGCUAUAAAUCUGUGUUUAAACAACUUUUAUAUUUAUUUAUAAUGGUGUAUAAAGAACAUAUCCUAUAUCAGUACAGUAAAUGCAAGGAAUAUUAAUUUACAUAGCAUAGUGACUAUUUUAUUGUAAAUAUUAUCUCUAAUUUAAUAUUAGAUUAAUAAUGGACAAUUACCAGAAUCCGAGGGUCUUUUCAAUUGAGUGUUUACUACAUUCCAUAUUUAUGUUGAAAUCUCGAUGCUACUUACUGUACAGCAGCCCGGCCGCUGUGCUCCGGAGGCGAGCCGACACGCUGGCGCACUGCUUCAUCCCACAUGCUCGCUUACGUACUAGCUACGGUACGCGACACUUACAAUAUGUCAAUUGCACUGCACUCCUUUGAUAAAAAUUUAACAUCAAAACGACAUAUUGUAUUUCCACUAUACUGUAUUUCCCCCUUCCUAACAAAUGGGUAUGUGCGAGGGGGAAAAACGAUACCCAUGUUGGAUGAAUAUAGUGUCCUAGUGAGUUUUCGCGCUGUAGUAUGCGAUACUGACAAUCAGAUUUAGAAAUCUCAUUAGGGAUAGAUUGUUGAUAAAAUAUUGGUUGAUUUAGGUUUAUAUUAGGUAUUUAUUGUUCAUGGAACCAGGUACACGUGUUCUGAUUCCAAUUUGAGAUUUGGUGCAACUAUUUUUAUUGUUAUUUAUUUUUGGAAGUCAAUUUCAAAAUUUUGUUAUGUAUUUAUCAAAUUAAUCAGAACAUGUGUACUUGAAUAAAAUUAUUUCAUUAAAAAUAAAAUGUUGUUGAAGAAGCGCUUAAAUAUCACUACAUUUAAACACAAACUGCUUAAUUUAAUCAUAAUCCUCAUUGUAUAACUUCCCGGCAGCACAUGUUUCUGUAUUUAGUAGAGACCAUUUAUGCCAACUUGACUGAUACAAGGUCGUCUUUUCAUUUGUAAGUUUUGCUCGCGUACCUAAGUUGUGACACCGCUAUUUAUUAGAAUCAGAUAGUAAUGAACAUUUCUUUUUCCAACAUAUAACGACAUAGACUACCUAUUAUAUAGGUUAUGCACUUUUACGUGAAUAAAACUAUAAUAAAUUUAAAAAUGUAACCCAAAAAUCCUUGCUUACGGACGUGUUUUGAAUGCCUAUCGUUGUUUGAGUGUCCUAUUGAGUCAACUAUAGAUUUUAAAUCUGUCCGAUAAGAUUGAUAAACGCACUCGUUAUGCGUACAACCUACCCCAAAUGUGAAAGUGGCGCCCAACUUAUCACUUAGCAAAUCCACUGUCAUAAUUCUAUGUUUUCACUGUUCAAAGUUAAAAUUUGUUUUUUUUUUUAACUAUCUUGCCACUACAAUUAACAAAUACAAUUCAGUCCAUAUUGACACAUAAAUCAAUUAUUUGUGUACAUAUGUUAUGCUUAUAUGACGUGAAACCAUAAACAACAAAAUAUAUUUUUAAGAUAAUGGUUCCUUGCAACUUUUUAUCCGCCAACUCGCUAACCUUUUUCGCUUUAUUCGUGUAGGGUGACUGGUAUAGAUAUUAGGCCACUCUUUACAAUAAGACUUCUAUUGGCUUGUUUAUUUCUAAAUUGUUAGGAGUGGCCACCCUAUUUAUUAUUUAGUAUAGCAGUCACCCUAUUUUGGGCCUGGGUAUUGCAAUUGACUAGUCCAAGUAGUCCAAUAGAACUUAAGUCACCAGCUUAAAGGCCCUUAGCUGUCUUGGUGGUACAUCAGAAUUGCUACAUCAUUGUCUCAAUCAGGGGUACUUCCGCAUCUUACUGCAUCGAUGAUGUACUAACAAGUCAGGAAAAGCCUAAUUACGCUGGUUCGGUGUCUAUGCGGAUCUGUGUCAAAAACAGGACCCAUAAGGCGCUUCACUGCGCGUACAUUGAAUCAUGCUUCGGAGUGGACAGCAUGGUAGGUCCUUAAGCUACGUGCUAUAUGUUGUUAUUGCGACCACGAAAUGUCGCCAGUUGGCAGGUAGACAGUUUCCCGUGGGCCUACGUAUGAAUGCCUGCUAAUUUAUCACCUUGUUAUUAUAUAGCCUUAGAAUUUGACCAGAGGUGGUAAAAGCAGUCAUUGUACAAAUUUCUAAUGAAAUAUAAAAGUUGUUUAAAAUAGUUUCAGAAUAUUAAUUAUCUAGAUAACGAACAAUAUUCCAUUGUCAUAUUAAAUAAGUAAAAGCAGAAGCAAAUGUUACUAAUUAAAAAAACCGCAUUAAAUUAUGACCUACCAGUAAUAAAA